GAGUCUUGACACGAGCUCCCACACGUACACUGCAUAAAUAGGCGAGCAGCGGGAGAGAGACGACCGACGAGGACGAAGAGGAAUUAAGCCAGCGAUCGAGGUGGUGUAGUGUAGCUUCCGAGCGAAGCUCCUACCGUUGCCGCCGGCCGGAGAUAUGUCGUCGGGCGGCCGACGUGGCAGGAUCAGCGACGACGAGAUCAACGAGCUGAUCUCCAAGCUCCAGGCGCUCCUCCCGGAAUCCUCACGCCGCCGGAACGCGAGCCGGUCGUCGGCGUCGAAGCUUCUGAAGGAGACGUGCGCCUACGUCAAGAGCCUGCACCGGGAGGUGGACGACCUCUCGGAGCGGCUGUCGGGGCUCAUGGAGACCAUGGACAACGACAGCCCCCAGGCCGAGAUCAUCCGGAGCCUCCUCCGGUGACUCCAGGUCCAGGUUCCAGCCAUGCAUGCCGCUUGCCGCCCCGGUCGUCCGGCGCGCGCGGCCGCCCUCUUCUGCUGCCUGCCAUCUAGCUAGCUGCCGCAGCCAGCGCAGGUGCACUGGAGAUUGGAGAAGGAGAAGACGACGACGCACGGCCGAGCUUGUUUGUUCGCUCGUUUAUUUGUUACGGCGACGACCUUAAUUGUGUUCCUUUGUUUUUAAUUUGUUCUCCUCCUCCUCCUCCUCCUCAUUCGGGUGCGUGUUUGUUUCCGUGUUGAAUUAGUUCAAGAGCAAGAGCCCUUGCUCAGAAGAAGGCGACCAAGUGCUCUACUCGAUCUUCUCGUGUACCACGCCAGGGGGGGUUAGUAGAGUAGAGAUAAUAUAUGGACUUCUAUUAACCAACUAAUACCACGUACUGGUAGGUUGUAGUUGCAGUAGACUACUGGUAGUAGGGUGUAGUUUUGCAGUAGACUACAGUAGCAGCUCUACAUUGCAGAUGCGUCCAAAGAGUUGUUGUUGUUCUGUAGAUUGCAUGCUGCUCUUGUCUCUGUCCUUUAGCUUACGCCAAUGGGCGGCGGACAAGGAGCUGAACGACGACCACUCUGUCUGGUGGAGACAAAUAUAUACACUAUCACGUGAUUUUCCUCUCUUUAGCUCCAUCCUGAUGUAACUUGGUAAUUUACUCCAUCCCUCCGUCUUUUUUUUUUGUUAUAGUUCUUUUA